AUGGCGUCAAUAGUCUGUGACGAUACGGCGUUCAUGGUUCCAUGCGAGCCCCUGGGAGUCACGUCGUCGCUAAGAUUCACGGUCAGCCACGCACAAGUUCGAUUCAGUUGCCCAUCUUUCUGCGGCGGAUUUGAGAAGCAUCAAUUCGAGAUCACCGGCGUACUGCAUUGGACGAAAACUUUGUAUUCCGCUGCUGAGAAACUCAUAGAGGGAGAAAAUAAUGUGUAUAACGACAUAGUUCUGCCAGACUUCGCGCAUAUCCUUGACAUUUUUGCAACUUGGUAUAAAUUUGCCAUCAUAAUCGCCAUAGCGCUCAUUGUCAGCAUUAUCGCCGGGUACAUCUUCUUCUGGAGUCACGGACUGCGGAUCUUUCUACUGAUUCCACGACUUCUCUUGAAAUCAUGA